GAUUUGAAACAGUGAGAGACAAGACAGACAGGUUUGUCGUGCAGAGUGAAGUUACAGUUGGACCCAGAAGUUAAGCAUUGAUCGUGCCUGUUUGACUACAAAAACUCAUUUCUUCUCCCCUCAUUAUUUUGGUGAUCUCCUUUAAAAAUCAAUCCAUUGAGACUUUAAACGACAGAAAAAAGAAGAAUAUGAACUAAACAUUUUAGUGGAAAAAAAGGAGUGGACAGAAGCUUGUUAGUGAAACUGUCUCAGCAAAACCAGUUCUUGUUUAACCUUCAAUCCUGUGUCAAUAUAGUUUCCUGUACACCAGUUUAAAGGUCUCUACGUAAUUGGAUAGCACUGGGGCCCGUGCUCUUCAUGGCUCCUGAUCCAACGAGUGGGAUGUUUGUGGCUGGAGUGUGGCAAUUUCCUCAGUUGUUCCUGGCGUUAUCAAUUGUUUCCUUACUGCUUCUCAUCCAGGCCAUGAUCGUCUGUGCUUUCUGGAGGAGAUUAUCUGAAAGAGUGAGAGGCCGUGAUGGACAACUCAAAGUGCUGUUUAUAAAGAACCACAUUGAUUCUGUCCAGCCCAAGCCUGAUCUUGACACGACAAAUGAAAAUGGAAAGAUUCCAAAGAUAGUUUGCCAGCAGAAGGUAACAGUGAUCGAUGAAUCACAAGUUGUCCAAAAUACCCCCGGAAUUCAGUUGACCAGUCUUGUGGAGAGCGACAAGGGCGAUGACGACAGUUUGUACGAAGUUGUGAGAGACAUCCAAGUGAGUGGUUGGAAUUCAAAUGAGGGAAGUCAAAGGGAACAGAAGAUGGAUUGUAUGACCCAAUGUGAGGAGGUACCCUCAGCAGAAGUACCCUCCGCAGAACCAGGUCAGAAGGAUGAAUAUAACACUGAAGUCAGGGAGUCUACCAAUGAACAACCACAAAUACCGAUUUAUGCAAAAGUAAGAAAACAGAAAAACAAGCAGGUUCAGGUGAAAACUGGAGUUCAAGAUAAAGGAGACAAUGAUGAGCCUCCACCAAUCCCAGACAAGCACUUGGAUGAUGAAGAUUCAGUUCCGUGAUAAAGAUAUCAGAAUAUCCAGGGCAUUAAUCUUCAUUUCCUGGAGACAUUGGAUAAUCCUGCAGAGCUGGCAACCCUACUGUUGAUGUACUCUUGCGAUCAAAGCUGCGGAGAGCAAUGUGAAUGUCGUGAGGAGUUGGUGCCACUUUAUUCCAUUUGGGUGUUGUAUCUUCUGUUUUUUUUACAGUUGUAUUCCCAAACGACGCACUGAUCCAGCAGAUUGAAUGAACAUUUAGUUGUGACUGCUACACUUUCACAGUGAAAGUAAAGGGGCAUUGAAUUGAAUAAUAUAUUUAGUACUGGAGUUAAAAUCACAUAAUACUACAAUAAACUGUCCCGACAUUUCGGCAUUUACUGUUCACCUCUGCACUUUCUGCUGUAUAAACCUGUCCAAUGAAGUACACUCUUGAUAUAUUGUCAUAUUUUGGCUCAUGUUCAGCCCUGAAUGAGAAGAAUCAUUCCAGGACUUGGCAAUAUAAUUCAGACUGACACUCUGACUGCAACAUUGUCGGUGAAGUACUUCUUUCGAUUUUGAAGCAUUCAAUCACAUCCACAUAGAUACAGAAGAUCAUGCAGAACAUUUCAAAGAAGAGGUGGUAAGUAUUUUCAAAGUGUCAAUCUUCCUCUUCGACUAUAAUAAGCACAGUGGAACACAAUGACUUGUUAUUCAUUUUUGAUGCUAUUUGUGGGAUGUUGCUACAAGUAAAAUGUUUGUUUUAUUUGUGUACAUUUACUGGAUGGUGUAUUUCGAUGCAAUACAUUGCGUAUAGGAUACUGAAAUGCAAUAAUGUGAUUAAAUCAUUGAAAAUACAUUA